AUGGAAAAGAAACCAUUCAAGGUGGUUAUUUCAAAUCCAACAACAUAUGAUGUCAAGUGCCUGUCCCCUGGAUGUCCAUGGCGUGUUCAUGGUUACCUGCCGAAGGGGGAGAACAACUUUGUGGCUUCUAUCGUCUUUGGGCACUCAUGCAAGCUUUCAGAAACCGUUGUGAAGCAUAGAAAUAUGACAGCUGAGUUUGUGUCCACUGUGAUGUACAGAGAAAUUGUGAAGAAGACUUCUAUAUCUCCAUUUCAGAUCAUUCUUGAAUUUUCCAAUAGAUUCUCCUAUGAAAUAUCUUAUGACAUGGCAUGGCGAGCAAAGCAGAAGGCGCUCGAGUGGAGGUUUGGCUCGUACAAGGAUUCGUACCACCACCUACCACAUCUACUGGCACUACUACAGAUUAGGAAUCCAGGAACUAUAAUUGAUAUUGAUGACUAUCAGGAUGCAAAUGGUGAAAAGGUGCUUAGGCGUGCCUUCUGGUCCUUUGGGUGCAUGAUUGAAGCUUUCAAACACUGCAAACCGGUUCUCUGUGUGGAUGGAACAUUUCUGACCGGAAUGUAUAAAGGGCAGCUGCUCACCUGCAUUGGGGUCGACGCAAACGACAAGGUUGUCCCGAUUACCUUCGCUUUUGUGGAAUCUGAGAACACUGAAAGCUGGUUGUGGUUUCUUUCACUCAUCAAGCGGGCCGUGGUUUGUGAGAGGCCUAACGUGUGUGUCCUCCAUGAUCGCCACAGGGUAUACUGUCAGCUGUCAAGAAACUGCAGGAAGAUCGCAACGUUGAUAUUUCGUGGCCAGACCUGCAUAGUCGACGGUGCAUGA